AAAGCGUGUGAGCUAGAGAGAAAGAGUGAGCGUGUGUAUGCUCAGAGUCAGCAGCGAAGACACAGAAAGUCUACAAGCUCCCAUCAACAAGACAGCGUGCGAGGCAGAGCUGACCACGGCAACUCUGAAGAGUGACACAGACGGGGAGAAAGAGACGCGCAGAGAGACAGAGGAGAGGAAGAAGCAGCAGAAGAAGAGAGGGACUGAAGACAGACUAUCAGCCUUCCACUGGUAAAAGGAGACACCACUGAGGGACUGUAGCAUCUGCACCCCCCCCCUGCCUCCAGCAGCACAGAGGAGCACUGUCUCAUCUCGUGCAUGUGUUUGUGCCUGCCAACUUCAAUUUCACACUCGCCCACUGUUUUCCGUAGGUUUUGCCCUCUCCACUCCACAGCCAUGAUCCCUUGGGUCCUCCUGCUCCUGUGGAUCUCCGGACAUGGAGCGGCCAUGUUUUCCCAGCAACCACAGGACCUGGUGGUAGUGGCAGGCCAGCCGGUGACAUUACCAUGCACCAUCCCUGGUUACCAUGGCGUUGUCCUGUGGAUCAAAGAUGGCUUGGCACUGGGAGUUGGCAGAGACCUCUCUGGCUAUCCUCGUUACACAGUGAUUGGCGACCAUGGUUCAGGGGAACAUCAUUUGCGGAUCCAGCGUGUCGAGUUGAUGGAUGACGCUGUGUUUGAGUGCCAGGCUGUCCAGGCUGCCAUGAGGUCCCGUCCUGCUCGUCUGACUGUGCUGGUUCCCCCAGAGGACCCAGUCAUCAGUGGAGGGCCAGUGGUGAGCCUAAGGGCUGGCGACCCACUCAAUCUGACCUGCCACGCUGAUAAUGCCAAGCCAGCAGCCUCAAUCAUCUGGAUCCGCAAUGGAGAGGUCCUUAAUGGGGCCAUGUACUCCAAGACCUUGCUCCGGGAUGGCAGGAGAGAAAGCACCGUGAGCACGCUCUACCUAUCGCCUUCCAACAUCGAAACGGGUCAGCAGAUCAUCUGUAAGGCCUCCAACAAGGCCGUCCCCAACGGCAAGGAGACCAGUGUCACAAUUGACAUCCAACAUCUCCCUCUUGUUAAUCUCUCAGUGGAGCCUCAGCCUGUUCUGGAGGGAAACCUCGUGAAAUUCCACUGCUCUGCAAAGGCCAACCCGCCUGUCACACUCUACAGGUGGGCUAAAGGAGGAAGCAUCAUCAAGGAGGUCUCUGGAGACACAUAUGAGGUUAUCGUGGACCACUCCUUCUUCACUGAACCUGUUUCCUGCGAGGUCACCAACCCUCUUGGCAGCACCAACAUCAGUCGCAAUGUUGACGUUUACUUUGGGCCUCGCAUGGCUGCUGAGCCUCAGUCCUUGCAGGUGGACCUUGGAUCUGAUGCCGUCUUCAACUGCGCCUGGACAGGAAAUCCCUCGCUUACCAUUGUGUGGAUGAAGAGGGGAUCUGGAGUGGUUCUUAGCAAUGAGAACCUCCUGACACUGAAAUCCGUUAGACAGGAGGAUGCUGGGAAAUAUGUUUGCCGCGCUGUGGUCCCGCGCGUCGGAGCAGGGGAGAAGGAGGUUUCUCUCACCGUCAAUGGGCCACCUACUAUCUCCAGUACACAGACUCAGCAAGCUUUACAUGGAGAAAAAGGACAAAUAAAAUGUUUUAUUCGAAGUACACCUCCUCCAGACCGCAUUGCCUGGUCGUGGAAGGAAACCGUGUUGGAGUCUGGAACAUCCGGCCGUUACACCGUGGAGACUGUCACCACAGAAGAGGGCGUAAUCUCCACACUGACCAUGAGUAACAUUGUCCCGGCCGACUUCCAGACCAUCUACAACUGCACAGCGUGGAACAGCUUUGGCUCGGACACCGAGAUAAUUCGCCUUAAGGAACAAGGUGGGAGCCAAGAAUCUCUCCCAGUGGCGGUGAUCAUCGGCAUUGCUGUGGGAGCUUUUGUGGCCCUCAUUGUCCUCAUGGGCACCAUCGGAGCAUUCUGUUGCACCCGCUCCCAGAGAAAGGAAGCGCACCUGGUUAUGCCCUCACUGCCCGUCUCCAUCUGUGCUCACCAGAGAGAACUUGCAAGCAAAAUUAAGACAGAAAAUCUGAAAGGAGUUGUGUCGGCGAAAAACGACAUCCGGGUGGAGAUUGUGCACAAAGACCACAAUGCAGCACGAGAAAACGAAGAGCACACCUCCAUGAAACAACUGAUGGUGAGUGUUGAGCGAGGAGAGUUCCAGCAGGAGUCUGUUCUGAAGCAGCUGGAGGUAUUACAAGAGGAAGAGAAGGAGUAUCAGCACAUUAAGGACCCUACUAAUGGCUACUACAGUGUCAAUACCUUUAAAGAGCACCACACACCUACCAUGGCUGGGAAUCAAUCCACAGAAGUGAGGAACCCCACCAACACUGGUACAUUGGGUAAGCAGCGGGUACCAACAGGCAUGUCCUUCACCAACAUCUACUCCACUCUGGGAGCAGGUCCAAACCGGCUGUAUGACUACAGCCAGCGCUUCGUGCUUGGUAUGGGCAGCAGCUCCAUUGAGCUGUGCGAGCGGGAGUUCCAGCGCGGCUCGCUUAGCGACUCAAGCUCUUUUAUCGACACACAGUGUGACAGCAGCGUCAGCAGCUACAGUAAGCCGGACGGCUACGUGCAGUUCGACAAAGACAGCAAGGCAUCAGCCUCCUCCUCCUCCCACUAUUCCCAGUCCUCCUCACAGAACUCAGACCUCACCCGGCCGCUCCAGAAGCGCAUGCAGACCCACGUCUGACCACAAGGGGAUGGAGAGCAUUUGGACAGGGUUUAACGAGCAGCCAGGAUUGUAAAACUGUGAUAGAAUCAGCUCCCAGAAGCCCCUAAAGUAACAAGGUUACAGUUUCCUUUGGACGCCUGGAAAGCAGGGGCUGGUUGGCUUUAAUACACAGUGUGACUUGUUUAGACUUCUCAAUGUCCCAAAAAGUGGAUCAAGAAGCCUUAUAUUUCCCUCAAGCUUAACUCAUCAACCACCUCCUUUUUUAACCCAUAAUCAGAACUGUGCCACAGAGAGGUUAUUUGCCAACACAGAGACAACACAAGUUUGGAAUUUGAAUAUUCAACACUUGGUUUCCGCAGUGAAAUUGGGCAGGAAUACUACAAAGGCUUUGUGUGACAAUCAGCUACCCUGGCAAAGACCAUUUUUUGCCUUCUGAAGAUUGUCAUUCAGAAAAACUGAGACUGUUGUUUGGAGUGUUGAAACACUCAGCACGAACAUCGCGAUAAUGAGUGCAAGCCCAUGUCCUGCUGCUUCCUUGUAGUUCGAAGCACAAAAAUGAAUGUGCAUGUGGUUUUCAGUUGUUAAAGCAAUAACUGUCCUUUCCCCACCUUUCCGUUUCAAACACUGUAUGUUAAGCUGGGCUUGAUGAAACUCGUCCCCUGCGUGGGCGGAAGAAAACUUUCUCCGUGUGCCCACAGACGUCUCGAACGUUUAAA